UCUAAAUUUAAAAGUAAUAAAACAAGAUAUAAUAUUAUCAACAAAUUUAAAAUAAAAAUAUAACAUUAAUAAACAGAUUAACCAGGAGUAGCAGCAGUAGCAAGCAAAACCUGCUUGUUUCUAAUGGGCGAGAGGCGCGAGAUCAGGAUUGGUAUCCGCACGCAAACUGUAAACCCUAAGGUUUCCUCACGUAAAAAAGAGGCCGCGAGGGUUGGAAACUAUGCAAGGUGCGUACCAUAGUGAGAUUGAGAUGGAUUCCAAGAAGGGUAGGUCCGAGAUGCAGAUGGAUACAGGGGCUACAAGCAAGGAUACGGCGGCUGGGAAGCGGAAGACGAAGAAAAAGGUACCUGCGACUGCGAUGGCAAAGAAGGCGGCGAAACCGAGCGUGAGGAAGAUAGACAGCACGGCGAAGGAAACGCGUCGCCGGGCGCCGGUAUACAAGCUGACAAUUCCUGUCGACGAUGAAGAUCGCGACUUGUUCAACGAACUGUGGAUGGGAACAUGGGGCGAUGUCAUCGUUUCCAUGGACCGAAAAACGACUGUCCCCAGCGUGGGCUUCACGGACCUUGUUUCCCCCAGGGCCAGCAUCAGCCUCGUCGACACUGUGCAGCUCUUUGAAGUCAGAAUCUCAACAAAAGAGGCCUCAGGUUUAGUGUGGCCGCUGCAUGUGUAUGGUUUUAUCGCCACGCGUGAUUCGGUGGAUUUCAAGCGCAAUAUCAUCUUUGAGCGUGAAAAGGAUGACUGCCAGAUCGUCAGUGAGGGGGUUCCAUACCUAGCACUGACUGGGCCUGCACGUGCUGUUGUGCUGGUUGAUCCUGUCUACUUUGAGGUUGACCUCAAGGUGAGUGGAGCUGGGCAAUCUGAGGAUCAAGAGCUAAUCUACGUAGCUUGUCCAUUCAGGAACACCCAGCCGCCUGAUUCAUCCCUGUUUACGUCUGUCUACACCAACAAGAUCAGCGCACUCGACUUGACAUUUGGCCACAUUGUUGGCUCAGUAGAGGCCUCGGUCAGUAUGAAAGUCAUCCAUGGGCCAUGGCUAGAUGGUUUCCGAGGCUCUUUCGCUGCAAGAACUGCCAGCAUAAAUGACAUGACAGUUUGGUUGCUUGAGAUCGGUGAUAAUAACGGGUUGCCUCUUGCUGAUGAUGGCACGAUCAAGCUUCAACGCCAUGUUGUUUGUGCUGAACUUAAAAGACGAGAGUAUCUGGAAGUUUCUGUCAGUGCUUAUGGCGUCGGUGGGCAACGAUUUGAUGACGGUCUGCAUUUUACACCUCAGGAACGCGGUAAACUUGAAGGUACACUUAAUGUUGAUUCAUGUGAGAUUGAGGUCACUGUGACCUGGUCCCUUAUCAAGUAUUGCUAGGAGGAAUCUAACUUCAGUGGUGUGUCUGGCAGUCGACUGUUUACCCUACUGUCCAAAUUCAAUAUGUUUGAAAUGCUAUUUUGUACUAU